UCAACUACGACGUGGAAUCAUAUUUCCACGUAAAAACCACUCCUAUUUUGAGGGUGCGGGAAGCUGUGCGAAUGUCCAUGUCCAUCCCAGUUGCCUUUCAACCAUACCAACUGGAUCGGCUCUUUACCUUCAUCGACGGUGGACUUUCAGCCAAUUUCCCACUUUAUGCAUUUGACGGUUGGUACCUUUCAAUGGACAAGUCUUUGACUUUCCACCGCCAUCUCCAGAGUAUGGGUGAUCUCAGCAUCCACCAGCUCUUCUACCCGGAGUACAGGAAGGAUCGUUUCAAAUCCCCAGAAUCUGGAUCUGACGAAUUCUUCAAAACACUGGGAGCCCUGGUCGAAAGGACGACUCAGAAAACAUUAUCAGGAACCGGCAAUCACAUGACUACAGAGGAAGCAAGGAGGCUUUUCUAUAAGACAAUUAAUGAGAGAGAUGUCAAGAGACUGCAGGUGCGUACCAAAGAAGAAGCCUUCAAGAUGCUGCUUCUAAAUGAGAAAGGAGAGCUUACCGACAACAAGAUCAAAAACCUCUACCAGAACUUCUUGCCUCUCCAAAACGCCAAGAUGGAAAUUCUUGGUGAAAGACCAGUGUCCACUGCUGGACAGUACUACGGAACCUUGAUGGACUUUGUCGGAAGCAAGAACCAACUCACGGAAGAAGAUGUCGGACGAUGCAUCGGUGUAGAUGUUGAUUAUCUCUCCACCAUGGACUUCGACAUGGAACCGGCGGAUAUGGAGUUUCUCAUGAAGCAAGGUGUCGCUGCUGCAACAACCUUCCUGUGUGAGUACAUCGACAAGCAGACCGGAUCAGCGGCAUCAAGGCGGACUCCGAUAUUUCUUGUUGCUGAACGUUAGAUUCUACAGAAACGUAACAACGAG